GUUGCUUUAAAUUGUGUGCAUUUUUAUUUGACGUGGUUAAAUAAGAAUAUGACGUGGCCUAGGAAGGAGUUCGAACAGUGUGACCAGGACUGUUGUGGGCAGCCGGUGUUUACAUCACUCACUCUGAUUGUUUCAGUCAUAUUUCAAGAUGUCUCGUAAAAAACUGGAAGAUUUACUUUCUAUAGAAUCAUUAAUUCAGAAACAGUGGGAUGAGGAAAGUAUCUUUGAGGAGGAUGCCCCAGCAGAAUUGGCUGGUAGUGUUGAGGAAAAGUUCAUGGUGACGUUUCCUUAUCCUUACAUGAAUGGCCGCCUACAUUUGGGGCACACAUUCUCCCUCAGCAAAUGUGAGUUUGCUGUGGGGUACCAACGUAUGAAGGGGAAGAAAUGCCUUUUUCCUUUUGGACUACAUUGUACAGGCAUGCCAAUAAAAGCUAGUGCAGACAAGCUGAAAAGAGAGGUUGCUGACUUUGGGUGUCCACCCAAAUUCCCUGAAGACAAUGAUGAAGACCAGCGGAUUACACAGCCCAAAGAAGUGGCUGUCAUUGACAAGGCUAGGGGUAAAAAGAGUAAAGCUGCUGCCAAAACUGGAGGCAUUAAAUUCCAAUGGCAAAUUAUGCAGAGCCUUGGGAUUAAGGAUGAGGAGAUUGAAAAGUUUACUGAUGAAGAUCACUGGCUUCAGUAUUUCCCACCACUUUGUGUGAAGGAUCUCAAGCGAGUAGGACUCCAUGUAGAUUGGAGAAGAUCUUUCAUUACAACAGAUCGUAAUCCUUUUUAUGACUCUUUUGUUCGAUGGCAAUUUCUCCAUCUCAAGGAAAGAGGCAAAAUUCAAUUUGGAAAAAGGUACACAGUAUAUUCACCAAAGGAUGGUCAGCCAUGCAUGGAUCAUGAUCGGUCAUCAGGAGAAGGUGUUGCUCCACAGGAGUAUACACUUAUUAAAAUGAAAGUGCAAGAGCUUUCAGGAAAACUGGCAGUAUUGACCCCAAAGACAGUGUUCCUAGUUGCUGCCACUCUCAGACCAGAAACUAUGUAUGGGCAGACAAACUGUUGGCUUGGACCAGAUUUGACAUAUGUUGCUGUAGAAAUGAAAGAUGGUGACAUUGUUGUGUGUACACGCAGAGCAGCAAGAAAUAUGGCUUUCCAAGGGAUGUUAAGUAUAGAAAAUGAAGUAAAACCAAUAUUGGAGCUCAAGGGUUAUGACCUAAUGGGAACUAAACUUACUGCACCCCUUACCUGUUACAAAACUAUCUACACCUUACCCAUGCUGACAGUGAAGGAAGAUAAAGGUACAGGAGUUGUAACUUCAGUGCCCUCUGAUGCUCCUGAUGAUUUUGCUGCACUUGUGGAUCUAAAGAAUAAACCAGCAUUGCGGGAAAAAUAUGGCAUAACUGAAGAAAUGGUGAAUGUAGAUCCUAUCCCAAUUAUUGAUGUGCCUGAAUAUGGUACUCUUAGUGCUCCAUCAGUCUGCCAGAUGAUGGGAAUAAAGUCUCAGAAUGACCAAGAAAAAUUAAUUGAAGCAAAAGAAAAGGUAUAUCUUCAUGGUUUUUAUGAAGGGAUUCUCUUAGUGGGAGAUUUUAAAGGACAGAAGGUACAAAAUGUUAAAAAGGGAAUACAGGAUAUGUUAGUAAAGAAAAAGGAAGCUAUGAUUUAUCAAGAGCCUGAGAAGCAGAUUAUUUCCCGAUCAGGUGAUGAGUGUGUUGUGGCACUCUGUGAUCAAUGGUACCUUGACUAUGGUGAGCCCAAAUGGAGAGCUGAAACCCAGAAGAACCUAGAUUCCCUGGAAACUUACAACGAAGAUGUUCGACGCAAUUUUGACGCUACUCUAGAGUGGUUGAAAGGCCACGCUUGUUCUCGAACGUAUGGCCUUGGAACACGUCUACCUUGGGAUGAGACAUGGCUAAUAGAAUCACUCUCUGAUUCUACAAUUUAUAUGGCUUACUACACUGUGUGUCAUAUUUUACAUAAAGAUGUUUAUGGUUCUGUUUAUGGUGAUUUUGGCAUCAAACCUGAGCAAAUGACCCCAGAAGUAUGGGAUUUUGUUUUUUAUCAGACUGAUGUAGUACCAGAAACAGGAAUAAAGAAGGAAGCUCUCGAUAAAAUGCGUAGGGAGUUUGGUUACUGGUAUCCAGUUGAUUUGAGAGCUUCAGGCAAAGAUCUUGUACCCAACCAUUUAACUUAUUUCUUGUACAACCACACUGCAAUCUGGCCUACUCAACCUGAUAAAUGGCCCAAAGGGAUUCGUGCUAAUGGCCAUCUUCUUCUUAAUUCUGAAAAAAUGUCAAAAUCAACAGGAAAUUUCUUGACCCUUGCUGAUGCUCUUGACUGCUAUGGGGCUGAUGGUAUGCGCCUGGCACUGGCUAAUGCUGGAGACUCUGUAGAGGAUGCAAAUUUUGAAACUCAGGUGGCAGACUCUGGUGUACUACGGCUUUGGACAUUUGUUGAAUUAGCUAAAGAACUAAUGGCAGAGAAAGAUUCAAUGCGUACUGGCCCAGCUACCUCGGUGAAUGAUAAGAUGUUUAUGUCAGAGAUGAAUUUAAAGAUAAGGGAAACUGACGAUUAUUAUAAAACAAUGUUGUUUAAGGAAGCACUACGCACUGGAUUCUUUGAGUACAGCAAUUUGUUUCACCAGUAUCGUGAGCGGGCACAAGUUCAGACUGGUCUGCACUUGGACCUUGUACAACGUUAUCUUAAUACACAAGUGCUCUUGCUUGCUCCCAUCUGCCCCCAUAUAUGUGACUACAUUUGGCAAAAAAUUCUAGGUAACGCUAGAUCUAUACUUCAUGCAAGAUGGCCGACAACUGAGGAACCAGAUCUUGUACUUGUAAGAGCCUCAGAAUAUCUUGCUGAUGUUUCUCACCGCUUUCGACUGCGUCUUAAGGCCUACACAUCUCCCACUAAGGCUAAAAAAGGUGAAAAUCUUGCCUUACCACAACCACCUUCGCAUGGCACCAUAUGGAUAGCAAAGACCUUUCCUAAGUGGCAAAGUAUUAUUUUAACAACAAUGCUGGAUAUGUACAAAGCAAACAAUAAUUGUCUCCCAGAUAACAAAGAAUUAUCAAGGUCAUUGGGAAGUAACCCAAAUCUCAAAAAGUACAUGAAGAAAGUUAUGCCCUUUGCUCAAGCAGUGAGGGAGAGAUUGAACACAUUAGGAGAAAAGGCCCUAAGAGAUACUUUAGAUUUUGACGAGCGUAGCAUUCUGGAAGAGAAUAUUGACUAUCUACGUGGCACUCUGGAUCUGGAGGGGCUUCAGAUGUGUUGGACAGAAGAGUGCGACAAUGAGCGCACUCAAGAUGAAGUAGUACCUGGAGAGCCCUAUUUGACCUUCACCAUAGCCUCUUCAGUUUCCUUAUCUUUUAUCAAUCCACAGCCUCAUAUUGGACUAUUCCACUGUCAGCUUCCUAUUUAUGAGAAAGACACAGUAGCUUCUGUGUCAGCCCGUCUGAGACGACGAGAACGUUGUGUAAAGCCAUCUAUGAAAGUCACUCUCCAUCGAUACAAAGACCCACUUCUUGGACCAAGGAUAAUCCCAAAUUUGGUUAAUCCUCUGAGAGAGACUGAAGAACUGAACGAGAAGAUCAUGCUAAUGCUAAAAGAUAAUACUAUACAUUUUACAUCAAGUGGAACUUCAGCUUUUCUAGGAACUAGAAUUUUGUACAUGGUGCAAUAGCUUUAAAAUUACACUGGUAAUAUCUGAAAGAUUUUUACUAAAUAUAAAAAUUUACUUUACAGUUAAUGCAUACAGUAUUCUUAAUUAUUUAUUACAUUCUUUUAAAUUUAAUAUCUUGCUUAAAAUUCAGUGACAUUUGCAUUGCAUUUUUUUAUUUAGUUAACACUAUAAAUGGAAAACUAAUUUAUUGUUUGUUAUAAGUCAUUUUUUUGUCCCCCUUUUAUCACUCUAGUUAUUUAGUCUGACGACUCCCAGUUAUCAGAAUUAUACACUAGCGACCCUUGUACUACAUUUGGAUAUGUUAAACUGUAAAAUGCAGAUAAAGGUAUGGAUUAUAUAAAUCUUCAACCACAUAUAUACAAAACCGAUGCUUUAUCCCUGUGCAGAAAAGCGAACAUUUGAGUUCCAAUAAAGUACACCUAAUCCAAGAA